GUUACAAACCCGCUAAUGUAGAUAGAGUGUUACGUUUUGUCUUAAAUCUCUAAAAGUCCCACAUCGCUAAAGAAACAAGCAUGUGAGGCAUGAGGAGUAGUAUAAAAGAAGAGGCACGGAGACUUGGCAACUCAUACCUUUCUCGGCCUUUUGGCUAAGAUCAAGUGUAGUAUCUUUUCUUAUUAGUUUAAUAUCUGAUAUGUGGUACAUCGGGUCACACGAUAUUAACUCUAUUUUUUAAAGGAGAAAGCCCAUUAAGAUAGCUUGCUAUCUGGUCUUUCACGAGUCGUCUAUGCGUUGCACUAUUGCAAGGGUCGGCUCAACCCGCCAAGUCUCAGUUUAAAUUUUGGUCCUUUUAUUUAGAAGAUUUUAUAUUCAGGUACCUUUAUUAAUCGAUUUACCCAUUUUCAGAUGUGAUUUAAGUUCAAGUGAGCUAUAACGAGCCGAUGUGAUUUUAGUGGUGAAAUAAGGUCCAACAUAUUUUCAAUAUAUUCACAAGCCCACAAGAUGAUAGGUUGGAUCCAAUGAUCCAGUAUCGUUAACCACCCGAAGAAUUAGGGUUAAUCUCAUAUUCCUUCGACCACCUAUUUGCUCCAUACUCUUUUGUGUUUUCACGACAACCUUCCUGUCGUGUUUCAAGUAGAGAAGGCUUUAUCUUUUCGUCUUUGGUUGCAGUAUUUGGCAAGUGAAAUUAAAAAAAAAAAAGAAGCAAAGCAUUGUUAUGGAUAGGUUAAGUCAAUUGCCAGAUGAUUUACUCAUCAAGAUACUGUCCUUUGUCCCGACCAAAUGUGCCGUGGCUACGAGCAUUUUGUCUAAACGAUGGCUGUCUCUUUGGACACUGGUGCCAGGUCUUGUCUUUGAGGAUUUCUCAGAGGAGGAAAAUGAAGAGAUUAAUGAAAUCCAUGUCAGAAGCCUGUCGCAGUUUGUGUCAGGGACUUUGCUAUUACACAAAGCAGCUGUCCUAGAAAGGGUUCAUCUCAACAGCGCGACAGAAUGUAGCCCUUGGGAGAUUGGUUUAUGGGUUAGAAUCGCAGUCGAUCGCUUUGUGCGUGACUUGAAAAUAAGUUUCUGUUAUGAUCAUUGUCUUGUUAACUUGCCGAGUAGGUUGUUUAGAUGCGAGACACUUGAGACUUUACAACUCCGUAGGGUGAUUCUUUCGGAAGUUCCUUGUCGGUUAAGCUUUCCAUCCCUCACGAAGUUGCGCCUUCUAUCUGUCAAGUACUCAGACGAUGGAUCUUUCUCUAGGAUUGUUUCAAACUGUCCCAUCCUUGAUGAUUUAGUUGUAGAGACUUGUCACAGAGACAAUGUGGCGACUUUCACUGUGAACUUGCCUUCCUUACAGAGUUUAUCCGUUAGGAAUACGGUGCGAGAGUCCCCACCUGAUGAUCAUUUGGUCGUGAUACAUUCCCAGUCUUUGAAGCAGUUGGACAUUGUGGACUACUUUGGUGAACUUAAACGAAUCGGUAAUCUUCCCAAACUCGUCGAGGCCAAUCUUCAAUCUAUGUCCUACCACGCCAACGUCCUGGAGUCUUUUACCUUUGUCAGGCGUCUUUAUGUAUGCUUAGAUGGAGAGUAUCCUCGUGGUACAGUUUUGUUAGCUACGUUCAUGUAUAGACAGCUGGACGGAUAUGCUUGUGAGUGUGCUCCAACAUUCUCCUAA